AUGGGUCUGCAACCGCUGAUCGCAAGCUCUGGCUCAGAGCCAAUUCUUUUGUCAUGUUGUUGGUUAUUCUUGAUCUUUGCCCCAGCUUCUCUUCAACGACCAUGUGGAGGCAAGACUCCUCCCAAUCAACCCGUCCAGUCCAGUGGACCAUCCCAUGUCAUCACAGUCAUCACACGCGGCAAGAUCAGCAAGUCCUCAAGCACCCCAGACUCCGAAAGCCGCACCCAACUUCCAACAUCUUCCAACGGCCACAACGCGAUCAGCGUUUCAACGACGUGCGCGCCGGGGCCCAGUCAGCUGGGCCAUGCCAUGAGACUGCGGCAGCUCUGCGGCUGUUUGCGGCCAGCGACGAAAUCGGCCCCACCCGAGGGCGCGAAUGCUCCGCAGCCCUCGCAAAUAGCAGCUACUGCAGUUGCAUCCUCAGAGAUGCCAAUGCCACCAAGAGAUGGGGGCAAGCCAGCCACACGCAUUGGAGCAGAGGCCAGUGCCAAACCUCAACGACCAGGAGCGACCAGCCAACAGAGCGGUAGACCUUCUAUGGAUCGUCCAACCAAUGAGGUGGAGCGAGCGUUGAUGUACCUCUCCCGAUCCCUGGAUGAAACUUGGAUUUCCCAGCAUGACGAUGUGGCCUACUACUUCCGACUGCCCGUGGCCUUCAUGGAAGCGGGACGAGAGGCGGAGGCUCGCAGGGCCCUGGACAUUGCGGCGCGGUAUGUGCGCACGAAUCGCGUGAGCUCAAAGAAGCUUACCAUGAUUUACCCGCAGUAUUCACUCCUUUGGAUCUGCGAGGCAGCAGCCCGACUCGGUCAAGGCGAACUUGCGGAGAGAUGUGUGCAGGCCAUCUUGAGAUAUCGCCAUCCUUUGACCAGCAGUGGCAUCAUUUCAGAACCAUACACCUGGAACGAAAACUACGAGGCAGACUUCUUUGCCACAGCAGUGCUGGCAAAGGCGGCUAUUCUCAGCGGUCAAGAGUCGCUGGCGGUGGCCGCUGCCAACUCCUUGCUGCGGGCCGUAGAUGCCAACAGGAGGUAUAUGGCUUCCGGCCGCUUCUUUCUACGCUGGACCUGGGCAGAUGGCUUCGUCGAGAACGACGAGGAUCCUUUGUACUGUGUGACGACAUCGGGAGAACAACAGCUGUACUUCCUGUUGGGGCUACCCACCGCUGUUCUGCUGGAAGUCGCCAAUUCCUUCAGGAGCAUGGCCGACUCGGCCAAAGAGAAAUAUCGCGCGGUUGCGAAUGAAUUGCUGUUGUACCUGAAGCGUUGCAAGAACUUCUUCACCGCUUCCACAGCCUACGGCACUGCCUGCGCUGCUGCCAUGCUGGGGGAUCAGGAAAGCAUGUACCGCCUCAGGAGUUGCAUGUUAUCCUUCCAGCAGAAAGACGGGAGCUUCAAUGGGCCUUUGACCCAACUCGACAUCCUGGAGCACACGGCAGAGAUUAGCACUUGUCUAUGCCGCAUGAGCAUGCUUGGUGCUACCUCAGAGGGCUAUCCUUCGGGGAGCACCUCGGGCUUGGCCACUGGCGAUGUGCAGACUUUGCCGGAGAGCAUCAGUGAGGAAGAAUCAGAAGGAGCGAUACCAGACGAACUUCCAGAGCGGGCGCGCGAUGGCUUCAGCAUCAUGUCUGAAACACGUUGCCAAUUUAGCCGCGUCACACUCUACGAACCAACGUGGUGCCAGCAGUGUGGCGGCUUUCUUUGGGGUUUUCAGGAUCAAGGCGUACGCUGUGGGAGAUGUUAUCGCACCGUCUGUAGUACGUGCAGCACCACACCAAUGGGUCGGCUCUGCCGAGGAGCUGUGCGAUUGUGA